GUACUACCGGUUCGCCAAGAUACCAAUGGCCGCCUCCAUAAACUCCGACGGCAUGAAAAAUAUGUUGCAAUUUAUGAAACUUAUUGGGCAACUGAAAGUAAGACAUUUAUUACGAUAAGGUUUAUUUAACGGCACUAUUCAUGUGAUGAAGCAUAAUUUCAACCCAUGUUUGUUUGCAUGAUUUAAAUGAAUAGUAUAACUUACCCUACCUUUUUUAUGGCUACUUUUUGGCAACAAUUUCUUUACCUCCAUCCUGCAGCGCGUGCCACGGACGGGCUGGGUCUACAGGAACGUGAAACAGCCGGAAAGUGUGUCUGACCACAUGUACAGAAUGUCCAUGAUGGCUCUGACGAUAGCAGAUCACAACGUCAAUAAAGAAAGGUAAAGUUGGUUUGCAAACUAGAUCAUCUGUUCAAACUUCAAACAUUGCAGGUAUAAUAUAAUUUGUUAUAAACGUUGCAUUACUUUCUUUGACUUUUUCAUGCUUAAUUACUAGGUAAGGCCUACAAUGAAGUAUUAUAUUGGAUGCAGGUAUUUAUGGAUUUCUUUUUUUAUGAAUGACCUACAUUUCUCUCUUAGGUGCAUGAAGUUGGCCUUGGUUCAUGACAUGGCAGAAUGCAUUGUGGGUGAUAUUGCACCAGCAGACAACGUUAGUAAAGCAGAGAAACACAGAAGGGAAGAGGCAGGUUAUUUUUACAAACCUUCCAUGGUGUCAAAAUGUAGGAAAUUGUAGAUUUGUAAAUUCCUCAGAAAUAUCAGUCAAUGACAAUCUGUCCUUUCUCAGGAAGCAAUGCGGCACCUCACUGGUCUUCUCCAGGAGGGCUUGAGGAAAGAAAUCUAUGAACUCUGGGAGGUCAGUCACAGCUGUUUUCCCACUUUGUUACAUUCAUCUUUAUGUGCCUGUAGUAUGUGUUUGUUUCUCAUCUCUCCAAUCAACCAGCUGUUAAAUUGGUCUUUCGGACGUGGUGGAACGCUAUCCCUCCACAUCCCGGUUCAACCCUAAUGCUAGCCUCAACCCUACCUUCAUGUCCAUACCCCAGCUCAACCCUAACUGUCUACACUCUUAGAAAAAAAGGAUGCUAUCUAGAACCAAAAAUGUCUCUUUGGCUGGCCCCAUAGGAGAACCCUUUGAAGAACCCUUUUUGGUUCCAGGUAGAAUAGUUUUGGGUUCCAUGUAGAACCCUUUCCACAGAGAGUUCUAUAUGGAACCCAAAACGGUUCUACCUGGAACCAAAAAGGGUUCUCCAAUGGAGACAGCUGAAGAACCCUUUUGGAACCCUUUUUUCUAAGUGUAGUAUCAACCACAACCCUAACUCUAUACCUUCAUGUCCAGACCCCGGCUCAACCCUAACCCGAGCUUCAACACAACCCUAACACUAAUCUAGUUCCCAGACACUUCUGCCCAAAUGCGCGAAGAGUCUGGUGAACCAAUGCGUCAAACUUGGCCUUCGUUAUCGUUAGUCAAUACAGAGAGCCAGAAGAAUCUCCCGGUGCAUCUCCCACAACACCUUCCUCCUAAACCUUCCUCGUACGUAUCUUGUGCACCUCAGUUUACGUUCCGCCUUGCAGUUGUGUGAUUCGCUAAAAUUAAAUUAUGACAAAUACUUUACUCAGUAGGUCACGCCCAUAGAAUUAUAUGGUCACUCCCACUAAGGCCAUUGAAUCGUUGAUAACCCAGGCUUACAGUGCAUUUGGAAAGUAUUCAGACCCCUUGACUUUUUCCACAUUUUGUUACAUUACAGCCUUAUUCUAAAAUUAAAAUGUAAAUGGAUUAAAUGAUUUUUUCCCUCAUCAAUCUACACACAAUGCCCCAUAAUGACAAAGCAAAAACGUUUUAAUUUUUUUAUUUACAGCUUGAGUCUUCUUGGGUAUAACGCUACAAACUUGGCACACCUGUAUUUGGGAAGUUUCUCCCAUUCUUCUCUGCAGAUCCUAUCAAGCUCUGUCAGGUUGGAUGGGGAGCAUCGCUGCACAGCUAUUUUCAGGUCUCUCCAGAGAUGUUAGAUCGGGUUCAAGUCCGGUCUAUGGCUGUGCCACUCAAGGACAUUCAGAGACGUGUCCCGAAGCCACUCCUGCGUUGUCUUGGCUGUGUGCUUGGGGUCGUUGUCCUGUUGGAAGGUGAAUUUUCACUCCAGUCUGAGGUCCUGAGUGGUCUGGAGCAGGUUUUCAUCAAGGAUCUCUCUGUACUUUGCUCUGUUCAUCUUUCCCUCGAUCCUGACUAGUCUCCCAGUCCCUGCCGCUCAAAAACAUCCCCACCGCAUGAUGCUGCCACCAUCUUGCUUCACUGUAGGGAUGGUGCCAGGUUUCCUCCAGACAUGACGCUUGGCAUUCAGGCCAAAUAGUUAAAUCUUGGUUUCAUCAGACCAGAUAAUCUUGUUUUUCAUGGUCUGAGAGUCUUUAGGUGCCUUUUGGCAAACUCCAAGCAGGCUGUCAUGUACCUUUUACUGAGGAGUUGCUUCUCCCCCGAUUGCUAGGAAGAGUCUUGGUGGUUCCAAACUUCUUCCAUUUAAGAAUAAUGGAGGCCACUGUGUUCUUGGGGACCUUCAAUGCUGCAGACACUUUUUGGUACCCUUCCCCAGAUCUGUGCCUCGACACAAUCCUGUCUCGGAGCUCUACUGACAAUUCCUUCGACCUCACGGCUUCGUUUUUGCUCUGACAUGCACUGUCAACUGUGGGACCUUAUACAGACAGGUGUGUGGCUUUCCAAAUCAUGUCCAAUCAAUUGAAUUUACCACAGGUGGACUCCAAUCAAGUUGUAGAAACAUCUCAAGGAUGAUCAAUGGAAACAGGAUGCACCUGAGCUCAAUUUCGAGUCUCAUAGCAAAGGGUCUGAAUACUUAAGUAAAUAAGGUAUUUCGGUUUUUUAUUUUAAAUAAAUUAGCAAAAAUGUAUACAAACCUAUUUUCGCUUUGUCAUUAUGGGGUAUUGUGUGUAGAUUUAUGAGGGGAAAAAAUCAUUUAAUCCAUUUUAGAAUAAGGCUGUAACAUAACAAAAUGUGGAAAAAGUCAAGGGGUCUGAAUACUUUCCGAAUGCACUGUAUAUGCGCUGUGCACAAUAGCCUGGGGACAAGUUUACCCUAACCUUAAAGUGGAACUGACAGGAUUUUAGCAACAUUAAAUCUUAUUAAAAUGUGUUGAUAUACACCCCCAGGAAGAAUAUGACACCUUUUCUUUUUGGUUUUACAUUUUCUGACAAGCGAGCAUUUAGAUAUGGUCAUUUCCACAUUUUCAUAAAUUCCUAGAAUGUUUGGGACAUAUACUAAGGUGUUUGUGACGAUUCUAUAGCAAUACAUUUAGUUUUAUUUUAUUUUUAUUUAACCUUUAUUUAACCAGGUAAGCCAGUUGAGAACAAGUUCUCAUUUACAACUGCGACCUGGCCAAGAUAAAGCAAAGCAGUGCGAUAAAAACAACAACACAGAGUUACAUAUGGGGUAAAACAAAACAUAAAGUCAAAAAUACAACAGAAAAUAUAUAUACAGUGUGUGCAAAUGUAGCAAGUUAUGGAGGUAAGUCAAUAAAUAGGCUAUAGUGCAAAAUAAUUACAAUUAGUAUUAACACUGGAAUGAUAGAUGUGCAAGAGAUGAUGUGCAAAUAGAGAUACUGGUGUGCAAAUGAGCAAAAUAAAUAACAAUAUAGGGAUGAGGUAGUUGGGUGGGCUAAUUUCAGAUGGGCUGUGUACAGGUGCAGUGAUCGGUAAGGUGCUCUGACAACUGAUGCUUAAAGUUAGUGAGAGAGAUAAGUCUCCAGCUUCAGAGAUUUUUGCAAUUCGUGGGUAAGUGGCCGUGCGUUUGGACAAUUAAUAGUAACUGCAGUAAAUAAAACCUAAAAAAACAUCUGUCUCGUCCAGGACCGGAGUCUACGCAGACCGGUGUGCCAUAGCCAAGCAGACCUUCAGUAGGCCUUUAUGCAAAUAAGCCAUUUGCCACGAGGGCCUGCCAACAUUCACUUUGAACUGGACUGUGUGUUUACAGGUAGUAGCAACUGCACGACUUUAGAUCAUUAGAACACAUUCGCCAAAAGCCAGAAUAUACACCUGAAUGGAUUUCUGCAAAUAUGUAAAUACCACGGGAGGCCUCUUACAUUUGGGAACAUUCCAGUCCUAUUGAUCAAACAACCAUGAAAAGGUAUGCUCUAUCCCUCAGUUAUCAACAACAAGACCAACAACUAAUGCUAGCCAGAGCGAGAUUAACUAAAAUCUAACGAGGGAACAUUAUAUAAACUUUCUCAAACUUUUUAAGCUAGUUGGCCGUCAUAAAUUGAACUGAUAAACUAUGGUGGAAUAGUAGAAUGCUCGUCCUUCUGCAGCUUGCCUGCCAAUGCAUGCUUUUCCCAACCCACGUUUUGACAACUGAAUGGGAACUUGCCUGCCUGUCCAUUUGAUCUAUGAAAAAUACAUUUGAUUGACAAAUAGCUGAGGGUAGGUUCAUAAAUUGCCUCCAGUGUGUCAGUGCGCUCUGGGUCGUUCAUAAAUUCCGAGCGUGGUCAGAUUGUCUGUUCGUAAAUUCAGUGUUUCGCUCUCUGAGCGUUCAGCGCGCACACUACACGAUUGACACUGGAGGCUCUGGCCGAGGAGUAGGUAGGGUUGAUCCGAGCGUUCCUCACAACGGCAGUCAAGCACCCAAGCUAACUGGCUAAAGAUACAAAUGAGAGAACACCUCACUCUGACCAUUAUACUCGCCCUAGCAGAGAUGGUCAGGCUGUUUACAUGUUGUCUAGAGCGUUAGUGACUGUUGCUUUUUUUGCCUACGUUUACUGACACAGUUCAUAUUCAGUGGGUGUUGCGCGUUUGUAAACAGUGUUGCCAACUUAGCGACGUUGUCGCUAUAUUUAGCGAGUUUUCAGACCCUUCUAGCGACACAUUUUCAAAAAAGCGACUAGCGACAAAUCUAGCGACUUUUUCUGGUGUUAUUGGAGACUUUUGGAGACUCUGACGUGAAAGCAGGUAUCAUUCUUACUCUUCACAACGAGCAGCGGGUGCUGCCGUGGGCCCCACCUAACGUUAAGCUCCGUGCUUUUAGCUUGCUAAAUAAACAGCUACAUAAAUAGAUACGCUUAUUAGCCACGUUAUGACUGACUUGAUCAUUGUCCUUGCUAGUUUUUUUUGUAGUAAAAUUCCCAGCCUUUGAAACUGAAAGUGAAGUGGGUGGAGGGCAGCAAACAAUGUACUACCAUUAGGCCAGCUGUGAUUUACAACCUGAUAGCAAUAUUUUUUGGACUACCAACAAAUGUAUUGGUUAAUUAUAUUAAUCAUGCAUUGAACUGCAUCCAUCUAUUCUGCCAACAAUGCCUUAGUGCAGUCCUUCUCAAAUAGUGGGGCCCCGGGGAACAUGCUUUUUUUUUGCCGCAGGGAGUAGGGUUUUGAUGACAUGACAAACUCCCUGUGUGAGGAUCUACUUUUUUGUAAAUAUGUCAGAGACUGAGCCACAGAUGAAGAGCUAUUCAAAAUGCUGGACUGCUUCCUGACUGAGAAUGGGUUAAAGUGGGAGAACUGCAUUGGUGUUUGCAGUGAUGGUGCACAGACUAUGGCAGGGAUGAGAAAAGGACUUCGGGCACUCAUCAAGAAGGCCUCACCUAAUGCUGAGUGGACACACUGUGUUAUACACAGAGAAGCACUGGCAUCAAGGCACCUUUCCUCUGAAUUAUGUGAGGUUAUGACUGACAUUGUAGGUGUAGUCAAUUUUAUAAAGACCAGACCACUAAAAACAAGAGUCUUCUCUGCAAUCUGUGAGGUGAUGGGAGCUGAACAUCAAGCUGUGCUGUUUCACAGUGAAGCAAGGUGGCUGUCACGAGGAAAAGUAUUGUCCCGAGUUUUUGAGCUCAGAGAGCAGAUAAGAAUGUUUUCGGAGCAGGAGCACAAGUAUGACCUCGCAGAAAAAUUUUGUGAUGAGAACUUACUGGCAAAACUGGCCUACCUGAGUGACAUAUUUGGAAAGCUAAAUGAACUAAAUCUACAGCUUCAAGGGAAAUAUAAACACCUCCCUCAGGUCACAGACAAGAUCAGCUCUUUCACUCGAAAGCUUGCAAUGUGGGGCAGGCGACUUGAUGAAGGAAAUACUGAUUCAUUCGAGAACCUGCAUGAAUUUGUUGACACUACUGACUAUGAUGCCACCUCAGUGAUUCCAUAUAUUAAGCAGCAUUUUUCAUCACUGAUGGGAUUCUUUAAAAAGUACUUCCCUGAAAACAGUUCCCAAUAUGACUGGGUGAGAUAUCCUUUCAAUGCACCAGCUCCAACUGGUUUCAGCUCUGCAGAGGAGGACCAGUUCAUUGAUAUGACGUCUGACUCCACAUUGAGACUGAGGUUCACAUCACAGACACUGAGUGAAUUCUGGCUGAGUGUAGAGAGGCAGUAUCCACUCUUAGGGCAGAGGGCCAUGGGCAUUCUUCUUCCUUUUGCAACAUCUUAUCUUUGUGAGACUGGCUUCUCUGCUGUUGCUGCACUGAAGACCAAGUACAGGUCCCAGCUAAACAUUGAGCAGGAGCUGAGAGUUGCAGUAUCAUGCUUCAAACCCCGCUUCGAAAAGCUGUGCACUGCAAAACGUGCUCAUUGUAGCCAUUAAUCCUGACUUCCUCAUUUUGAUAAAAAAGAAUCAGCACAAAUUGUUCAUAUAUUGUGCUCCUGAGUUAAUGUUGCUGAUCAAUUUGAAUGUAUUAUUAUUUAUUGAUUAUAUUUUAUUUUAUUUUUCAGUAUGAAAUGGUCAAAAAAAAUUUACAGUUUAAAUAAGGUUUGAAUAUUUUUUUUAAAAUUUCAGGUAAAUUGAUGCACUUUAAGUAUUUUCUGUUACAGACUAAAAAACAAUGUUAAUAAAGUUAUUCUUUGUUCACCUCCCGAGUGGCGCAGUGGUCUAGCUAGCUGUACCACUAGAGAUCCUGGUUCGAAUCCAGGCUCUGUCGUAGCCGGCCGCGACCGGGAGACCCAUGGGGCGGCGCACAAUUGGCCCAGCGUCGUCCAGGGUAGGGGAGGGAAUGACCGGCAGGGAUGUAGCUCAGUUGGUAGAGCAUGGCGUUUGCAACGCCAGGGUUGUGGGUUCGAUUCCCACGGGGGGCCAGUAUGAAAAAUAAAAAAAAUAAUGUAUGCACUCACUAACUGUAAGUCGCUCUGGAUAAGAGCGUCUGCUAAAUGACUAAAAUUUAAAAAUGUAAAUGUAAGUUGAUCUAUAUUUCUUUCUUUUAUAUUUCUUUUAUUUUUCUUUCCUUUUUUUCUUUAAUGUUAAUAAGGAUACAAUGUUAUGCAGAGGUGUACUUAUAACAAUUUUAUAGACAAAUUAUACUAUUUACAGUCGCGGCGGAGAGUUGGGGGGCGCAAAAUGUUUACUUCUUCCUAGGGGGGGGCGUAACAGAAAAUAAUUGAGAAGCACUGCUUUAACCCAAGUUGCAGGAGCCCAGCUCCGGGUAGCUCCAGCUCAAUUUAACCACUGCCCACACCGUGUGCCCAGGAGUACGAGAGCCAGGCGAGUGCUGAGGCUAAGCUGGUAAAAGAGUUUGGACCUGCUAGAGAUGAUUCUGCAGGCCCAUGAGUACGAGGAGCUGGAGGGGAAACCAGGCAGGCUACAGGAGUUCUUUGAUUCCACACAAGGUAGGUACUACCUCUUCUUUAACCUGGUAGUGAGGGCUGAUGAUCGGCUCUAUGGGCUAUCUAAAGGUGGUGUAAAAAAUUUUAAAAUCUCCAUCCACCUCAGGCCGAUUCCACCACCCAGAGGUAGUCCAGUUUGUGAAGAGUCUAAAUGAAGAAAGAGCUGAUCACAUGGCAGCUGGAGGUGAUGGGUCAUCUGGGAGCUCAGAGUCCAAGAAACCAAGAACAGACUCCUCCUGACUUCAACAUUCCCACUGAAUGACGCUACAUUCAGCUUGUGUCAAUGAUGUUGUGGUAGCCACUGUUCGAACUGCUCCUCACAUGACAUGGUAGAAUGUUGUCAUGGAAACCUGGUGGUUCUGGUUGGUGAGUUGUGGAAUAAUGAAGCAAAAGAUGUGCUAUCGUUGAAAACAAACGUGUGCCCUGUUUUACUCCCAAAAUGCUCAUUUUAUUUUACAUAGAUGGACAGGAUUUUGAAAGUCAUUUGUUUAUAAUGAACGUUUCCGGAUGUGCACAUAUUUCACCUGUACAAUUCCUGUGAUGUAUCAGAAGAUGCACCUAUUUUAUUUUGUUUUGAGUUGUUUGACCUCUUAAGCUGUAAGGCUUCAUUAAAACCAUUGGUUAUGACUACUAGUUAUAUGAC